UUUAACAUACCCGAAAUUCGGACACACCGUCGUCAGUUUGUUUUCAUUUCAACUUUGCGUCGGGUUCACUCCAAUUUUCGCACCGGAGGCGCGCAUUUCAAUUAAAUUCGGGAGAGCGCUGAAUGCGCACGCUGUUUCGUUAACCGUUCAUAUAUUUAAAGACGAAAAACAUUGCACAGUUAAAACACCUAUAACUACAAAGUAAACAAGUGAAGACAAACCAAUAUCUACUGUAUAUUAUUUUAACAACUGUAUAAUCCAACACUAUUUUAACCGAAAAUCUGUAAAAAAAAGUCUAUAAAACUAUAUUUUCGUGAAAUUAACGCGUGUAAUCGAAAAGCGUUCGAGUAUUUAAUCAUCAUCGAAGGCGAAUGUCGAAAAGUGUUCCGAGGUCAAUGUUUCUGUUUCUGCUGCUGGCAACUCAUCGCCUAAAUUAAGUACACAAUCUGCAGCGAGUUCAGCGAGCAGGCGGAUAAAGGACUGACUGACCCGCUCAAACAGGACUAAAACCAGCCAAACCAAUUCGACGCCAAUUUUAACUACUGUUGGUGGCGCCAGCAGCGAAUAGCGAAUAAUUGAAUCAUAAAGGACACGGACGGGCCACCCAAAAGGAUCCAGAAUUCAGGAUCAACAAAGCCGAGCAAAUAAUUGCUAUAUAGUCUGUGUGUGUGUGUGUGCGCGCACGGAACGUGGUCUCCCCACCCCAUUUCCGGUGGGUGGAAAAAGGGGAGUGGCAGCAGCGCUGGCAAACGAAGGCGGCUGCAGGGAAAUGACAGCCGUCCUGCUUUAAUUAAAGCCGGGACGUGGGCGUGUGGGCGUGAGGCCCGAAAGUGUGCGCUGCAAUAAAAGGAGGAAACUGAAACGCAAUGUGGCUGAUGCCGCGGACCGUGGACAACGCAACAAAGUGGACGAAAUUGCUUUUGGAACAUUACAGGAUACCACUGGAGGUGGACAGCAGUAGCGGCAGCAGCGGACCAGGCAUUAAUUUUGAUUAAAUUCACCUGAGAACAUUCGCCUUCAAAAUAGCAACUAACAAACGAACGACAAAAACUACAAACUACAGAAUAAAGCUAAAUCAAACUUUAAGUGAACAUUUCAAGCAGCGGCGCGGUGUGCAUGAAAUUCACAGGAGAUAGCAGCCAACAGGAUCGGGAGCAGCAGGAGACAUCUUGUGGAAGUCGGUUUUGCGUGCCGCAGGCAUUGCAACAGCCACACAUGAACACGUCGCUGUGACACGAGGUGGUGCGGAGCGAAGGGAGGCGUCGUCGGUCGCCAGGACGCCAGGAAAACAGCAUAAUUUCGUCAACGGCAGCCGUUUGAACUGUCGUCGCCAGAGCAUAACCCACCAUUCCCCAGGAUCCCGAAACCCCAAACCCAAAUCCCCAACCCGGCCCACAUCAUCAGCAGCGGCAGGAGCAGCAGAAGAGUCAGGAAAGGCGUCACUGUCACAGUCAGCGAUUGUUGUCAGCAAAGGAAAAGUAACAGAAUCGGGGGAACCAGCAGCAGCAGCAGGAGCAGGACCUGGCAUAGCAACACCAUCCUAUCCAAAACUUAAUCCCCAUUCGCCACGACCGCCCCGAUGAAUCUGCUGUGCUGCUGUUGUUGCAGUAACAUGGCACCAAACCAGCGCGUCACACGCAAAUGGGAACUGUUUGCCGGACGCAAUAAAUUCUACUGCGAUGGAUUGCUAAUGUCCGCACCGCACACAGGCGUCUUCUACUUGACGUGCAUCCUGAUUACCGGCACCAGUGCGCUCUUCUUUGCCUUCGACUGUCCCUUUCUGGCGGACAGCAUAAAUCCGGCCAUUCCGAUUGUGGGAGCGGUACUAUACUUCUUCACGAUGAGCUCCUUGCUGCGCACAACCUUCACGGAUCCGGGCGUCAUACCGCGAGCCUCCAACGAUGAGGCCGCCUAUAUUGAAAAGCAAAUUGAGGUGCCAAACUCGCUGAACAGUCCCACAUAUCGACCGCCGCCGAGGACCAAGGAGGUCCUGGUCAAAGGACAAACGGUCAAGCUGAAAUACUGCUUCACCUGCAAGAUCUUCCGGCCGCCGAGAGCCUCGCACUGCAGCCUGUGCGACAACUGCGUGGACCGCUUCGAUCACCACUGUCCCUGGGUGGGAAACUGCGUGGGCAAGCGGAAUUAUCGGUUCUUUUACUUGUUUCUAGUCUCAUUGGCAUUUUUAGCUGUAUUUAUAUUCUCGUGCUCUGUGACGCAUUUAGUUUUAUUGAUGAAGAAGGAGCACGAGGUCUUUAAUGUAAUCAAGGCGGCGCCCUUCACUGUGAUUGUUGUGUUCAUUUGCUUCUUCUCGAUAUGGUCGGUGAUCGGCCUGGCCGGCUUCCAUACCUAUCUGACGACUAGCGAUCAGACAACCAACGAGGAUCUCAAGGGAUCCUUCUCCUCCAAAGGCGGUCCACGCACCCAAAAUCCCUAUUCGCGGGGCAACAUUUGCCUGAACUGCUGUCACAUCCUGUGCGGACCCAUGACGCCCUCGCUGAUCGAUAGACGCGGCAUCGCCACCGACGAGUUCAUCCAGCAGAUGCAGCACCAGUCGAGUCCUCGGCACGCACUGAGCGAUGUGCUGAGUGCCUCGCACAUGGUCACCACCUCGCAGCCCAUGAUGGGCGUUAUGGGUGGUGGUGGCAUCGGUGGUGCCGGCGGCGGGAUCAGCAUUGGUGGAGCGGAGCUAAAGCCCCGAUUCUACGACGAGUCCAAUCCCUCCUCCUCGACACUGGAGGGCAACGGAGGUGCCAUCAAUGGCCAUGGGAAUGGCCAUGGCAACGGCUUCGAUCAUCCGCCGCCCAGUUACGACCUGGUCCAAAACGGUAAGUCCCGCAAGCAUCACCAGCAGCGCUGCUCCCUGCAAACCCUGCUGCCGGCCAGUGCCCAGCAGCAGUUCAAGGCCAGCAAACACAAACACAAGCAACUGAAGCAGCACCUGGUGGCCGCCGAGUUGCAGCAACAUGAGGGCGGUCCAGGACCGGGUCCAAAUUCGCCCUCGCUACUGCGCUCGCCGGCCACGUCCUCCUCCUACCGGUUGAACCUCAAGCGAUCGCUGCACCUGCCGCUGACACCGUCGUACGACGAUGUCCGCCACUCGCCGCUCCCGCUGCUGCAUCACCACGUUCAUGCCCAGCAGACCACAGCCAUUGGCACAGUGGCAGCAGCAGCAGCGGCGGUGGCAUCCGGCGCCAGCGGCACCCAUGCCGGCACCGGCACUGGUACGGGUGGUUCCUCCUCCUCCGCCACCACCACCGCACCCACUUCGGUGUCCGUGUCGUUGGCCACGGCACCGCCGCCGCUGGCGCCACGACGCCCGUCGACGCUGCAGCUGCAGGCCAGCGGAGCGAUCUCCGCCAGCAACAGCACCUUGACCACCAUACACACUACGGCGCCACAAGCGCCGGCGCCCACGGACUUCAAAUACUAUUCGCCGCAACGCAGCACCGACUCCAAUCUGAUGAGGAACUAUCCGUUCCCGAAGGCGGCACGCGGAAUGCGCCGUCAGUCGACCAUGUCGGUGGACUCGCAGAAAGUUAAUAUAGCCGGCUAUCAGCCGCUGCCGAUGCGGAAGCCGUACAAGCACCAGGAGGUGAUGUUCGAACUGAAGUCGCCGACCAACCGGCUGACGAUUCGCGAGUGCGACUUUGGCGGUGGCGGUGAACCCUGCGAUGACGAUCAGUCGAUCAAGGACAGCCAGAUCUUUCGUGUUAGUAAACGAAAUCUUUAUAUGAAUCACCGGUCGCCGUGGAAGGAGCGCGACCGCUACUCCAAUCUCUACGAGUAUUCGUUCAACAUCGAUCUCAACUCGAUCAUCGAGGAUGCGGCGGGCAGUGACUCGUCAUAGUACGCAGCAGCAGUCCGCUGCUCCGCCGCCAUGGGCCACGGUCACGUCCAUCGCAUCGGUGGGCUGGUCCGUCUCCUGGUCAUCCUCCUCGAUCGGUUGUUGGGCGCUGUACAUAAGGCCGGGCCCUGGCCAGCCCGAUUCCUAAUGCUUCCACGCUUUUGCUAAGGCGCCACAUCGGGUCCAGUUUUCCGGAAUGUGCCCCACUUAUUUGGGGCUACUCUGUUUAGCUUUAGACUCGAGAGCAGCUUUUCGAUUAUGGCUAUAACUAGGACUUCGUUUAGGAUUUAAUAUAAGGGCUUGACUAGGCAUUGAUUAAGUUUUUUGAAUAGUUUGCAAUGUACAUACAUAUAUUUUUUAAUCAAGGCUGCAUUUGUUGACCGAACUAUUUUGAAACGGUUCGGGUUUUUUUCGAAUUCGGCCUGCAUUCACUUAUCCAUGAAACUUAAUUUAUAAAGAAAACUUGCUUAUUUUCACUAUAAGAUUCAAAACUAAAUGUUAGUUUAAGUUUAAAACCAUAUAACCGGGUAAUUUUGCCCAAAAGGCGCCUUUUUUCACCAUCUAUUUACCAUUUAUCAAUGUGAUUUCUUUGAUUUCGAUUUGCAAGCAAAUAUUUUGCUCAACUGAGUGUUGAAAACUUGGAGCCAAAGCAACGGAGCGAAUAAAUUUAAAAGUUUGCAGCCUUGAUUUUAACUUUGAGGGAAUCUAUCACAGUCUGAUUGUGGCACAUUUGUGAGACUCACUUGGCUUCCAGGAUGCGCAUAGUUGUUAGUGCAAAUGUAACUGCUACCCUUUUGCAGCCUGAAAAUCCGCAUCUGAAUCCGUAUCCGUAUUCGUAUUCGAAUCUGCAUUUGUGUGUUUGCACUAGUCCCCCUUUUGUAGAAGUCGAACUUGUAUUUGAUUUGUGUUUAAUGUUUGAAACCACCAACCCUUGCCGUAGACUUCCCCACGCUCCACGUUCCACCUCCAGUUCCAGUUCCAGUCCCCCCGAAAAACUUGGUUCAUAGAAACUUUUGCGUUUAUAUAGCACCUGCUUCCCAGGCUAGGUGCGUCGGAUCCCUCCUGCUGCAAGAUGCGUUUGCAAUAGGGGGCGACUCGGCGCCAGGGGCCGCUAAAUGCCACCCGUGUA